UUGCUCUGAUCGUCAACGCCUUUUUGACAAACGCACAUUCUAGUGAGUCUCUCCUCUUCUUCUUUCUUUCUUCACUUGCGUGGACCUGAAUUAACAACAGCAGCAACCGUCAAAAUGGUCAAGAAGAGAAAGAACAACGGCCGAAACAAGAAGGGCCGCGGCCACGUCAAGCCCAUCCGAUGCAGCAACUGCUCGCGAUGCACCCCCAAGGAUAAGGCCAUCAAGAGAUUCACCAUCCGCAACAUGGUUGAGUCUGCUGCUAUCCGUGACAUCUCCGAUGCCUCCGUCUUCGCGGAGUACACCGUCCCCAAGAUGUACCUGAAGCUGCAGUACUGUGUCUCUUGCGCCAUCCACGGCAAGAUUGUCCGUGUCCGAUCCGUUGUCGGCCGACGCAACCGUGCCCCUCCUCCUCGCGUCCGCUACAACAAGGACGGCAAGAAGAUCGUCCCUACUGCCCCUAAGGCUUAGAUGGGUUGAUACUUGGGAUGGAGUCCGGUUAUGAUAGCAGCAUUCAAAAAAUGGAUGGGAUGAAUACCUUUGGGAUUAUGAGACUAAGAAAUUCCAAAAAUCAACUGGACGACGUUUGAUGUCUACGCGUCUUUGACAAAUUAUUCUGGUUUCUUCGCUUAAUCUGUGAAAUGUUGUGACUACCGUAUGCUGUGGCCUUCAGGGGCUAUUGAGAAGAGCUCAACGGCCUCAAGUAUUGCCAAACUUAAUUUCCAGUCACGUCUAGCAACUUGUGCU